AUGGCGGAUACCGAUUUGCAGGAGCGCCUGCGUUCUCACGCCCAGGCCUUUGACGGUCUACUGUCGCUGAUCCCAGCCAAGAUGUACUACGGCGAAGACAACAGUGAUCAGUGGAAGAAGAAGAAGCAAACCAAGGAGCAGGCGAAGGCUGCUAAGAGGGGGAAGCUCGAUCCCGACAGCGAACUCAACCGCAACGCCAAGGAGGUCAUGGAGGAGCGCGCCCGCAACAAGCGCAAGCUCCAGGAGAUGGAGGAGAGCAGCACUGAAGACAGCGACAUCGACCUUGAAAUCCCCUGUGUCGAGAAGGAGAAGCCCCUGGAAGGAUUGAAGAAGAAGGUUGUCAAGGAGGAUGCCGAGACCGAAGAGUCUGCGCCCAAAAAGCAGAAGCUCUCCGAUGAGGACGACGAGACUGCCCCCGCCGCUGAAGAGGUUGCCGACGAGACCCCCGCCGAGAAGCCGUUGAGCAAGAAGGCGCAGGAAAAGGAGGCCAAGCGACUCGCCAAACUGGCCAAGCAGGAGAAGAAGAAGGCCAAACUCGAGGCGAAACUGGGCAAGACGGAGAAGAAAGACGACACCGCCGAAGAAGUCAAGCCUUCCACCGAAGCUAACGAGGACGACGAGAACGACGAUAUGGCUCCCAUUGAUGUGUCUGGUCUUGUAACAAAGGAGGACGAGCCCGAGUCCCAGGAAUCCGCGCAAUCCUCUGUUUUCGACAGCCGCGAUAAGACCGGUUCCGCCGAGCCCGCCAGCGCCAACACCUCGAUCUCUUCCGCCGUUCCCCCAGCCGAUAAGCCCAAGUUCAAGCUUCCCGCCGACACCACCGUUCUCCGCGAACGUCUCGCCCUCAAGAUUGAGCAACUCCGUGCCGCUCGUAAGGUUGAGAAGGACGACGAGGGUAAACCGAUCCGCACCAGGCAAGAACUUAUCGAGAUGCGUCGCGAGAAGGAGGCCAAGCGCAAGGCCCACAAGCGCGAGCAGAGGCAGAAGCAGAGGGAGGAGGAGGAUCGUAAGAGGUCAGAGGCUAUUGCCAGCUCGCGCAACUCUCCUCUGAGCAUGCUCAGCCCCAAGGACGACGUUGAGACCAACUUUGCUUUCAGCCGUCUCGGCUUCUCGGAUGGUGUGCAGCUUUCUCGCGACGCCGCCUUCGUCAAGUCCGACGGAGCCAAGAAGAAGGGCCCUCUGGACGCCAAGUCCAAGCUUGCCAAGCUUGAGGCUCAGAAGAAGCGCCUCGAGACCCUGCCUGAAGAUAAGCGCAAGGAAAUUCUGGAGAAGGAAACGUGGCUCGCUGCCCGCAAGCGUGCCGAGGGCGAAAAGGUUCAUGACGACGAGCACCUCCUCAAGAAGGCUGUUAAGCGCAAGGACAAGGCGAAGAUGAAGAGCGCCAACGAGUGGAGAGAGCGCAAGGAGGGCGUCGCCAAGGCCCAGUAUGACAGGUCGAAGAAGCGCGAGGAUAACAUCCAGAAGAAGCAGGAUGAGAGGAAGGCUCGCAAGAUGGGCAUCAAGGUCAAGAGCGGCAAGGGCGCGCCCAAGGGUGGCAAGAGCGGAGGCAAGGGUGCUUCUAAGGGCAAGAGCAGACCCGGGUUCGAAGGCGGGUUUGGUGGUAAGAAGAAAUAA